GCAUCGUCUUUUUGUACUCAAGUGCACGGGGCCGCUGUCCCAUUAUUCAAGGACAUGGGCAUAUCGAGAUCCCGGUCAAGAUCUAGGACUCCCGACCGUAGGAGGAAGAGAGAUGAUGACUCAAGGCGUGGGAGAUCACCAGCACGGAGAUCGGAUCGAUCUCCAGACAAGUCAAGGGAAGAUAGGAAGAGGCGGAAGAGACGUCGUUCUAGAUCUGGCUUAUCGGAUACUAGCAGGAGGAGGCGACGGAGCUCGUCGAGGGAUCGGGAAGUCAAGCAGUUUGAAUUUCUGUUUAAUAAACCAGCUCCAGGUAACAGAGCCUGGUUCACGGUGGAGCUCCAAGACGAGCUGUAUGCUCUACGCCGCGAAUUGGACCGACUCUGCAAGUGCUUUGAUAAGAUGGCGGACACUAUCAAAGAGGAGAGUGCAAGCCGUGGGGAGUUUGUCACAAUGGACAAGCUGAAGCAGGCUAUCGAAGCAGCGCUCCCGGAGGUCGUUGCCAAGAAGACCGCAGCAGCCAACUCGCAACAAGCAAGCAAGGCGAAGGAGGCUGAACCUGACGUGACUAAGAUGGCGUCGGUGAUGAUCUCCCUCAAGAAGCACCUUGAGGAGGUAAGGAGUAUAAAGUAUGACCUAGCGUCACUCAAAGGGUCGGUCGCUAAUAUGAAGACGCCGGCGAUGAGACAGUUUGUGUCACCACGACAAAUGGUGGCCAACGGCAAGACUCCGACAAAGAAAGUGACCCCUGCGGCAAACGGCGGCGGCCCAAGCAGUGUUAAGAUGAAGACGAGGCAACAAAUGGACCCUCGAAACAGCGCAGCGCGGGCUAAAGCACGUCGACUAAUCUUGCAUGGUAUGCAGAUCUCGGAAGACAUGCUAAGUGCGCUUCAGAUGGAAGAUUUGAAGCAAGUUUGCACGAUGCACAAUGUCCGAUAUCGGGGUAUGCCGCAGGCGCGCGUUGCCUUAAGGAAGAUCCCGGGACUGAUUGUGUCGGACACGGAAGAUUUACCUGACCGUUCUAUCACGGGCGAGGAGGUUUAAGGGAAGAAUGCAGAAGUGGAGCAAACUGAUGAAUUGGAAUCUGAAGGAGAGGAGGGCGAAUCAUCUGAAGGAGUCGGUUGCUCCGAAGGACCUGAAAAGUCGAAGGACGUACAACCUAGCACUAACUAGGAUAGAUUACUCGGCUCCACGAGCCUGCAACCAGCAAUGGUUUGGAGCCUUGCGGAACAAUGCAGUCGUGCUAUCCGGCUACUGAUCAAGGAUCGCAACUCGAAGGACUGUGUGACGAUCAACAGAGCGUGCAGAAGGGCGGUACUUUUACUGAUGAUUAGUGGCGAGUUUAGAUGGGCAUCAAGAGCUUUUGCACUACUUAGGACGGUUAACUUGGACUGGGAAUAUGCACUUAACGU